CGAACCGGCAGCCGGGCGCAGACCUCAGUUCUGUGACGGCGCGGAAGAGGCCCCCACUUUUCUCCAGCCACCUCCACCAGCAGCAGACCCCCUCAUUCUGCGCUCCCAGAGCAGCGGAACUUCUCGUCAGCGCUGCUGUCUGACGGAUUUGGCGACCUUGACAGCGCGCAGUGGAGAGGAACUUUACAGGAGUGGAUCCGUGGCUCCGUCUGCAGCUUCCCCACAAAGAAGACAGGAAGAAUCAGAGGGAGAAGUCUGUUCUUUGGAGUUACUGUAAGCCGCUAAAGUUUGGAGUUAAUCGGAAAAAGGAAGAAGGAGGAAACUGGAGUAUGUGAGGAGGAGGAGUGUUGGAUCCAUCAUUCAUUACAGGUGCAGAGAGAGAGAUUGAAGUUGAUCUCUUUAGAGGAUGCUCAGUGGGAAACCUCAUCCAGACGAUCGUAUCUAGUUCGUGGAAGUGGGGCGAACUUAAACUGUAAAACAAACACAGACCGUCUGAGUGAAUCCCAGCUGCAGCUUCUCGCUCCGCGCGCGCUCUGCUCGGUGCGCUCUGACGGACAGACGGAGAGAGACCCACGGGGCUGCAGCAGGAGAGCCGCGCCGCGCCGCGGGAUCACACCUCAGUCCGCUUUGGCACUUGUUGUCCGUUACGGGGUCCCUGGAACAAUGUUGGAGAGGCGCUGGCGCGGAUCGAUGUGGCGCGCCACAUGGAUUUUAUUUCUCCCCUUUCUGAUCCACUCCACAGCGGCUCAAGAUGACGUGCCUCCCUAUUUUAAGACCGAGCCGGUGCGAAGCCAGCUUCACCUGGAACGAAAUCGCUUGGUUCUGACUUGCAUGGCGGAGGGAAGCUGGCCGCUGGAAUUUAAAUGGAUCCACAAUACCACCGAACUAACACGAUUUUCACUGGAGUACAGGUACCUAAUCCCUUCACUGGAUCGUUCCCAUGCCGGGUUCUACCGCUGCAUUGUGAGGAAUCGGGUGGGAGCCCUUCUGCAGAGACGCACAGAAGUACAAGUAGCCUUCAUGGGCAGUUUUGAAGAAGGCGAGCGUGCUCAGUCCGUCUCUCAGGGAGAGGGCGCUGUCAUUCCAGCUCCACGGAUUCGGAGUUUCCCACAACCGCAAGUCACCUGGUUCAGAGACGGACGGAAGAUUCCACCCAGCAGUCGCAUUGCAAUUACUUUGGACAACACAUUGGUUAUCUUGUCUUCGGUGGCACCAGACGCUGGGCGGUACUACGUACAAGCAGUAAAUGACAUAAAUGGAGAGAACAAGACCAGCCAACCUAUCACCCUGACUGUUGAGAAUAUCGGAGGUCCUGCAGACCCAAUUGCUCCCACGAUCAUCAUACCUCCAAGGAACACUAGUGUGGUGAUGGGAACAUCAGAGGUCACAAUGGAGUGUGUGGCCAAUGCCAGACCUCUUAUCAAGCUGAGCAUCUCAUGGCGUAAAAACGGCAUGUUGGUGAGCAGCGGUUUGAGCGACUUCAACCGCAGACUGACCAUCCUCAGCCCCAUGGUGAGCGACGCCGGCUUCUAUGAAUGCGAGGCCGUUCUCCGCAGCAGCAGCGUGCCCUCUGUCAGCGCCGGGGCAUAUCUUCAUGUGUUUGAGCCGCCACAGUUUAUUAAAGAACCAGAGAAACACAUCACAGCUGAGAUGGAGAAGGUGGUGGACAUUCCCUGUCAGGCGAGGGGAGUUCCCCAGCCAGAAAUUGUCUGGUACAAAGAUGCCCUUCCCAUUGAUCCGGUGAAGACGCCCAGGUACAGGGUGCUGGUGGGGGGGAGCCUUCAGGUCAACGGCCUGCUGCCCGAUGACACCGGCAUGUUUCAGUGCUUUGCCAGAAACGCAGCUGGAGAAGUUCAGACCAACACCUACCUGGCUGUAACCAGCAUCGCACCGAACAUCACAGCCGGACCCUCUGACAGCACAGUGAUUGACGGAAUGUCAAUCAUCCUGCACUGUGAGACCUCAGGAGCUCCAAGGCCCGCUAUAACCUGGCAGAAAGGAGAGCGCGUUUUGGCCAGCGGCUCAGUGCAGCUGCCCAGGUUCACUCUGCUGGAGUCAGGCAGUUUGCUCAUAUCCCCUUCCCACAUCUCUGAUGCCGGGACCUACACCUGUAUGGCAAGCAAUUCUAGGGGAAUUGAUGAGGCGUCCGCUGACCUCAUUGUCUGGGCUCGCACUCGGAUUACCACCCCCCCACAGGACCAGAGCGUCAUCAAAGGGACUAAGGCCAUUAUGACCUGUGGAGUCACACACGACCCCAGUGUAAUUAUCAGGCAUGUCUGGGAAAAAGACGGUUCGGCGAUCAAUGUUCAUUCAAUCCCCCGCAUGCGCCUGGACGCCGACGGCACCCUGCACAUUUCCCAGACCUGGUCGGGUGACAUCGGCACGUACACAUGCAGAGUCAACUCGGUCGGAGGCAACGACUCUCGCAGCGCUCACCUCCGUGUCAGGCAGCUUCCCCAUGCCCCGGAGAACCCCACGGCCAUGCUGAGCAAGUCUGAAAAAAGAGCCAUCGACCUGGCCUGGGCCAAGCCUUUCGAUGGCAACAGUCCUCUCAUACGUUAUAUCCUGGAGGUUUCUGAAAACAAUGCUCCCUGGGCCAUCCUGCUGGCCAAUAUUGAACCCGAGUCCACAGCGGUGACAGUGAAUGGCUUGAUCCCGGCCCGCUCCUAUCAGUUCCGCCUCUGUGCCGUUAAUGAUGUCGGGAAGGGGCAGUUCAGUAAGGAGACCGACCGUUACCGUCUAACUGGGCUUCCUGUGGACUACCAGCUGAAAAACAUCUCCAGCCCAGAUGUGACCACCCUGCUGCUGGAAGACCUCAUCAUCUGGACCAACUAUGAGAUUGAGGUGGCGGCCUACAAUGGGGCGGGAUUGGGCAGCUUCAGCCAUAAAGUCACAGAGUGGACCCUCCAAGGAGGUACAUUGUUGGCCUGGGAACCUGGCAAAGAAGAGGACGUUUCCAUGGUAACAGUACGACCUAACUUCCAGGACAGCGUCCAUGUGGGAUACGUGACAGGCCUGAAGAAGUUCACCGAGUAUUUCACCUCGGUGUUGUGCUUCACUACACCUGGAGACGGCCCCCGCAGCCCACCUAGGGCUCUGAAGACUCAUGAGGACACCCCCGGUGCUGUGGGUCACCUGAGCUUUACAGAGAUCCUGGAUACUUCUCUUAAAGUCAGCUGGAGCGAGCCUGGUGAGAAGAAUGGAGUUCUAACAGGUUACCGCAUUUCAUGGGAGGAGUUCAACCGGACCAACACCAGAGUCACCCACUAUCUGCCGAAUGUCACCCUGGAGUACAGGGUCACAGGCCUAACCGCUCUCACCACAUACACUAUCGAAGUGGCAGGAAUGACCUCCAAAGGCCAGGGCCAGCUGUCCUCCUCUACUAUCUCCUCUGGAGUCCCACCAGAGCUUCCUGGCCAUCCUACCAACAUUGCUAUAACCAACAUCGGCCCACGCUCUGUCAACCUGCAGUUUAAACCUGGCUAUGAUGGCAAAACCUCUAUUUCUCGUUGGCUUGUAGAAGCCCAGGUUGGAGUGGUGGGAGAAAAUGAAGAGUGGGUGUUGGUUCAUCAGGUGUCAAAUGAACCCGAGGCUCGCUCUCUGGAGGUGCCUGGUCUCAACCCAUACACCUUCUACAGAUUCCGCAUGCGGCAGGUGAACAUAGUUGGCAGCAGUCCUCCCAGCCAGCCGUCAAGGAAGAUUCAGACGCUUCCAGCUCCUCCUGACAUGGCCCCCGCCAAUGUCACCCUGCGCACAGCCAGUGAGACCAGCCUGUGGCUGCGAUGGAUGCCCCUUCCUGAAUGGGAAUACAAUGGAAACGCAGAGCAGGUGGGAUACAGCAUUCAGUACUACCGCGUCGGCUCCCAGGGCCGCGGGCUGACCCACAUCAUCACAGAUCGUUUGGAGAGGGAGUUCACCAUCGAAGACCUGGAGGAGUGGACGGAGUACGAGGUCAGGGUCCAGGCUGUCAACGGCAUUGGGACGGGACCGUGGAGCCAGCCGGUCAGAGGCAGAACCAGGGAGUCCGUUCCUUCAUGUGGACCCACUAACGUGUCAGCAUUCGCCACCACCUCAAGCAGCAUCUUAGUGCGUUGGUCUGAAGUCCCUGAGCCCGACAGGAACGGACUCAUUCUUGGCUACAAGGUGAUGUAUAAGGAGAAGGAUUCUGACAGCGUGGUCCGCUUCUGGAUGGUGGAGGGGAACGCGUCCCACAGCAUCCAGCUGACCGGUUUGGGGAAAUACGUGCUGUAUGAGAUCCAGGUCCUGGCUUUCACUCGGAUCGGAGACGGACGGCCGAGCUCUCCGCCCAUCCUGGAGAGGACUUUGGAUGAUGUACCAGGACCUCCAGUUGGUAUCCUCUUCCCUGAAGUGCGGACCACGUCUGUCCGGCUGAUCUGGCAGUCGCCUGCGCAGCCAAACGGCAUCAUCCUUGCCUACCAGAUCACUUACCACCUGAACUCUACAAACAGCAACGCAGCCACAGUGGACGUCCUGAACCCAAGCACUCGCCAGUACACCGUCACCAGCCUCAAACCAGAAUCCGUCUACGUGUUUCGCAUCACAGCACAGACCAGGAAGGGCUGGGGCGACGCGGCCGAGGCUCUGGUGGUCACAACGGAGAAAAGAGCUCGUCCCCAGCCCACCAGCCGCCCCAUCGUUCCUCAGAAGGAUGUCCAGGCCCGUCAGGUGCUGCUCUCCUGGGAGCCGGGCAGCGAUGGGCUCUCCCCAGUGCGUUACUACACCGUGCAGCAGAAGGAGCUGCCUCAGAACAACUGGACGGUGCACUCCGCCUCCGUCAACCACGAGGCUACGUCCUACAUUGUGUCCGGGCUGAAACCGUUUACUUCCUAUCAGUUCAGAGUAAAAGCUACCAACGACAUAGGGGACAGUGAGUACAGUGAGGAGAGUGAAGCUAUCACAACUCUACAGGAUGAGCUCAGUAAACACAAGCGCUAUGAAAUACGCAUGAGUGUGUACAACGCUGUGGGAGAGGGGCCAGGCAGCCCACCCCAGGAGAUUUACUUUUGGGAGUUCCAGCGUAAGAACGCGACAGAGCGACUGCGGACUCUUUUUAUGCCAGAGAGGGGUGUGAAACUGAAGAACCUGACUGGGUACACCACAUACAUGAUCAGCGUGGCCCCCUUCAACGCUGCUGGCGAUGGACCCCGCAGCCCCCCGACCAGGGGACGAACUCAGCAAGCCGCUCCAAGUGCGCCGAGUUUCAUUCACUUCAGUGAGCUGACCACCACCUCUGUCAACGUGUCCUGGGGCGAACCCACCUUUCCUAACGGCAUCAUUGAAGGCUACCGUCUGGUUUAUGAGCCAUUAACCCCUGUAGAUGACCCCUCAGUGGCCUGUGCCGACUGUCUUCACUCCCCCUCCCCCCCAGGCGUCAGUAAGACAGUUACGGUGGACGUGAAGGGGGGCGGGCCCCUCUGGUUGAAGCUCCGAGAUUUGGCCGACGGCAUCACAUACAACUUCCGCAUCCGAGCCAAGACCUUCAUCUAUGGGCCGGAGGUGGAGGCCAACAUCACUACUGGACCAGGGGAAGGAGCCCCAGGACCCCCUGGAGAACCUUUUAUUACACGUUACGGUUCAGGCCUGACGAUCCACUGGACGGGAGGUGACCCAGGACGGGCUCCUAUAACACGAUAUGUCAUCGAGGCCAGACCUUCAGAUGAAGGUUUGUGGGAUAUUAUAAUCAAGGACAUCCCAAAGGAUGCAACAUCACACACAUUCAACAUGGAUGUACUUAAACAAGGCGUCAGCUAUGACUUCCGGGUAAUCGCAGUGAACGACUACGGCUACGGCUCUCCAAGCAUGCCUUCACCCUCUAUAUCUGCUCAGAAAGUGGCCCCGUUUUAUGAGGAGUGGUGGUUCCUGGUCGUCGUGGCGCUGGUGGGACUCAUCUUCAUCCUGCUGCUGGUUUUCAUCCUCAUCAUCAGAGGACAGAGCAAGAAAUAUGCAAAGAAGUCUGAGGCAGUGUGUCUCUACGUGUGUCCAGGUAACAACUCUAAUUGCAAUGCUCUGACCCACGGGGACAUGGUCAGCCUCGACGAAGGCCGCUUCCCCGCGCUGGAGCUCAACAACCGACGGCUGUCAGUGAAAAACUCUUUCUGUCGGAAGAACGGCGUCUACACCAGGUCUCCACCCAGGCCCAGUCCAGGCAGUCUCCACUAUUCAGACGAGGAUGUGAGCACCAAAUACAAUGACUUGAUCCCUGCAGAAAGCACAAACCUGACUGAGAAACCCUCAGAAAUCUCUGACUCACAGGAGGCGCUGGUGUUUUCAUAUGGGACAGGUGGCCUACAUACACUUCCACUGCAUUUGGGGAGCGACAACGAGUACGAGGUCGACCCAAACCGACAGAAGACGCAUUCGUUCGUCAACCACUACAUAAGCGACCCCACCUACUACAACUCCUGGCGCCGCCAGCAGAAGGGAAUAUCCCGAGCACAGGCCUACAGCUUCACCGAGUCUGAGUCGGGAGAACCAGAGCAUCACGCCCCGCCUCCGCUGCCCCCUCUACCGCCGCUGCCCCCGCAGCUCAGUUCGCCCAGCCCUCAACCUCAACAGGCCCAGGGUCAACCUCAGGGUCAAGGCAACCUGUUUCGGCCCAAAGGAAGUCGGACUCCCACCCCCUCCCAGCAGUGCUCCAACCCCCCCAGCCAGCACAGCACCCUGUACAGGCCCCCCAGCAGCCUAGCCCCCGGGUCACGCGCUCCUAUCGCUGGCUUCUCCUCCUUUGUGUGAUAAAUGCGGAAAAGGAGCAAACUUUCUGGAAGCGUUAACGCGAAAUAGAACAUCACGGCAUGAUGCCAAAUCCGCCAGUUUAAUCAAUCACAGCAGUUUCUCGCCUCUUAUAGCCUUCUGUUUUUCAUUUUUACGCUUUUUUUUCUUCCGUUCUACUUAAACGGUGACUUUUCACAGCGCUUGUUUCUCUUUAGUGUGGAAGUGUGCCAUCGUAAACUCAAGUUUUUCCUUUUACCUGUUGAUAAAACACAUCUGCAGUUGUAUUUGUUGAACUACUUGCAUGACUUUGCUUCUCAUUCUUUCCUCUUUUUGUUGCUUUUUAGAAACACGUUAAUCAGCAAUCUCUGUACAAAGUCACAAGUCUUUGAAAACACAAAAAAAAAACAUUUGCUACAUAUAUAUCUAUAUAGAUAUAUAUAAAUAUAUAUAUAUAACAUAUAUAUAGUGGAGAGACCUAGAAGUCAAAAUUGAGCUGGUGGACAUAAUCUUUACAAACGGAGACUCAUGAAGAGAAGAAAAGACUUGAUUAGGCUCCAUGUAAAAACAAAAUAUGAAGGAUAACAAACAUAACUUGUACCAAGGACACAAAUCUGCAUUAGUGUGGAACCAAAUCGUUGGGCUGGGAGCGUGCACACAUGCAGAGGUCAGAGGUGACUGUCCUGUGCCUGAGGGACUUACCAUCUAUGAAAUAGGUGUAUGUCUGUUUAACUAAAGAAUUUUUUCAUGAGAUUGUUGCAGCGGAAGACGGCCGCCUUGAUUGAAACACUUACUUCUACCACCUGGCACCAGUUGUGACCACGCCGUUCAUGGUGCCCUCCAGCUACCAGAGCCUCCUUUUACGCUCAACGGAUGGAAGUCGGCGGCGAAGGAUCGAACCUUCACUGCUUUCUCUCUGCUCUUGUAUAAACACAUCAGUCUCGAUCUGCUGAAACGCUUUGAUAUUCAGCCUGUGAGGGGGAGUUUUGAAACUGUGGACACUUCUGCUGAAAGCGCUUAAGUGUGAUUUUGUUAAACAAAAAAAAAAAAGGGAAAAAAAGUUUUUUUGUUUUAUCUCCUUGUUGCUAUUUUUUUUUUUCCUGCCUCUGAUCACACUGCAAAAAUGAUCUCAA